CUGCUAAUGAUAAUAAUGAUGAUGAAAGGAAGCAAUCAGUGAUUAUGGGGUGUUACCCGUUAGGUGGGGGGCUGAGGAAAAAAUAAUAUUACCACUACUUAAGUAAAGGCUUCCCCAAGCUUCUUCGGCUUGGAAAAGGUGGAAACGGUGGAAAGCACGCGUUCAUAUAAACCCCCCUCUCCUCCCUCAAAUCAACUCUUUAGAAAUUCUAUUUAAUAGAAGCUUCCUUCGGGAAACGACCAAGGACACGCCCACCACCUUCGUUUUUCUCAUUAGAAAAAUCUCUCUCUCUCUCUCUCUCUCUCAUCAUUUUCCUCGAGGAAGAGAAAAAGAUUAUUGUUUUGAUGUUUUCUUCUCUCUCAUCUUGUUUUUUUUUUUUUUGCUUUUGGAAAGAUUGACACUAGUGGAGGCCUGGAGGGGCUGCUUUUUGCUUUAAUUUAAGGGACUUGUUUCUCAAAAUUUCUAGAACCCAACAGUAUCGUUUUCUUUUGGUUUUCAUCUUGAUCCUCGUCCUCCCUUUAUAAGUAGUCUUUGUUAAUUUUCUCAUUCAGGACCACUGGUCAGAAAGUUAUGGUCUUGUUUAGAUUCCAAAAACCAGGGAGUUCGUCCUGUUAACUCAUGGAAACUGAUACAAGCAAACGCUGUGACAACCUUCUUCACUCUCACUUCUUCCUCUCUGGGUUCUAUUGCUGGGGUUGGGAAUUCUUGACCGCUCUUCUUCUCUUUAGUUGUUCUGUCUAAACACAACGUAUCCUCAACAUCUUUAACGCCGUUUGUUCUACUUUUGUUUCUCUUGUGAUAAUAAUUCUUUGUUAGAUUUUCUUUCGUUUUUACGUAUUCUGGGGAAGGGUUUGGUGAAUCGGAGCGGGUAAAAGAAGAAACAGAAAUGGCGCAAAGGUCAGUUCCGGCUCCGUUCUUGACGAAAACGUACCAGCUGGUGGAUAAUCCGAUCACCGACGAUGUGAUUUCAUGGAAUGAAAAGGGAACGUCCUUUAUCGUUUGGAAAACUGCUGAUUUUGCUAAGGAUUUGCUACCCAAUUAUUUCAAGCACAACAACUUUUCUAGCUUCGUUCGGCAGCUCAACACUUACGGAUUUCGAAAAGUUGUUUCCGACAAAUGGGAAUUCGCGAACGAGAACUUCAAGCGAGGGCAAAAAGAGCUGUUGUCCGAAAUCCGUCGUCGAAAGACGGUGACAUCAUCAUUGGCUAAUACUCCGGAGAAUGGGAAAACAUCUGGUGGUGGAACUUCCUCCCCGACUAACUCUGGAGAGGACCUAGGGUCCACUUCCACGUCAUCACCGGACUCGAAGAAUCCGGGAUCGGUGGAAAUUAAGCCAGAGGAUAUGAAUCAGUUAGCCGAUUUAUCAGAUAAGAACGAGAAACUGAAAAAAGAUAACGAGAAGUUGAGCUCGGAGCUGGCCCAGGCGAAGAAGCAAUGCGACAAACUGGUCGCGUUUUUAACUGAAUGCGUGAGGGUAGGGCCAGAUCAGAUCGAUCGCAUCAUGCGGCAAGGAAGCUGUGGGUCCACCCAUGAUGGCGAUGAUCGUGGCCGUAGCUUCGGUGCUGAUGAAGAUGAUGAUGAUGAAAAAAGCGGCGAAGAAGGUAGCCGAAGUUUGAAACUGUUUGGGGUUUGGUUGAAAGGCGCGGAAAAAAAGAGGGCCCGCGAGGAGAAAAUCGUGUACGAUAGGCCACGCGCUAAGGAGAUGAAGACCGUAGAUUGUCGCGACGUGCCUUUAGCAGUAAAGAGCGGCAAGGUUUGCAACUGACCAAUCAACGGUCGACACGAUAGCAAGAAACUUCCAUGCUAGUUGCUUUCAUAUAAUUAGGAAUAAGUAAGGUUUUCUUUUGUAUAUAAAAUGUAGUAAUAACGAUGGCUUUGUCAGUUAGUCAGCAAUUGUGGGAGGCAAAGAUCAAAGGCAAAUGGGUCUUUGCCUUCCUCCUCCCAUCUUCAAUGUUGCAAAAUUACACAUUUGUAAAAUGUCUCCUUUGAAGAUUA